AUGAAUAUUGAUUUCUUUCAGAUUUUCUUUGUUGUUGCUGUGGCGUAUGGAGUUGUUGCCGAUGGCAAAGCGUCUGACUCACGAGCUGAGCAGACAGGCAUCAUCUCCCCGGUGAUCGCAGCCGGCGGUCUCGGCGGGUACGGCGGCGGGCUGGCGGGCGCAGCGCUCACCGGUGGCUCGGCUAUCAUCGCCGGCCCCGCGGUCGUCGCUGGUGGCCCCGUCAUCGGCUCCGGAGCAGCUCUCAACAACGCCGGCUCCGUGGGGGCAGCACAACUUAGCGCCAUUCAGAAUGCUCAAGCCGUACAGGCCGCUCAGAUCGCCAACUCAGCUGCCGCUGCCAUACAGAGUGCCCGUGCCACUGAAGCUGCUGCCCGCAGCGCACAAGCGAAUGCCAUCAACAACGCUGCUGCCCUAGACGCCACCCGUGUGGCCAACAUCCAGCGUGCACAGGCCGCCGCCUGGGAAAGCGCGAGAGCCUCGGAGGCUGCGAGACGCGCGGCUGCCGCCAGCGCACUUGAGGCCGCUCGUGCUGCUGAAGCUGAACGUGUAGCCAAUGCUGCUCAUGUCCAGGCCAUCGCUAUCGCGAACACUCGUGCUGUUGAGGCCACUCGUAUUGCCAACGCUGCUCGUGCCCAAGCUGCUGCAGUUGCCACAAGUGCCGCUCAGGCUCAGGCAGUAGCCGACACUGUCGCCAGGAACGCUCAGGACGGAGCCCUGUUGCUGGGCGGCGGUGGUGCGCUGGUCGGCGGGGGCGCAGUCAUCGCCGGCCCCGCCGUAGCUGUCGGCGGACUCGGCGGUUACGGCCUUGGCGGUGCUGGAAAACUGAUUCACCACUAA